GGCAAUUUCGAGGAUGGAGUUGACGAGCGACGUCGGCGUCUCGCAGGAGGACGCAUGGGCGGUGAUCUCGGCCUACUUCGAGGAGAAGGGCCUCGUGCGCCAGCAGCUCGACUCGUUCGACGAGUUCAUCCAGAACACCAUGCAGGAGCUCAUCGACGACUCGCGCUCGAUCCGCAUCACGCCCGAAGCGCAGUACAACCCGGGCCAGAAGGCCAAUAAGGUCUCGGACACGAUCUACCAGAUCCAGUUUGGCCAGAUCUACCUCUCCAAGCCGACCAUGACCGAGAGCGACGGCUCGACGUCCGUCAUGUUUCCGCACGAAGCGCGGCUGCGCAACCUCACGUACGCGGCGCCGCUCUACGUCGACGUGACGUGCGAAAAGUACCAAGCGGGCACCGUGCCCAUUGAAGAGCAGGACCCGUACGAGCGCGAGCACACGCCCAAGGAGUUUAUCGGGUCCGUACCGAUCAUGCUGCGGUCGCAGUACUGCGUCUUGACCAACAAGACGGACAAGGAGUUGACCGAGCUCAACGAAUGCGUGUACGACCAAGGCGGCUACUUUAUCAUCAACGGCUCGGAGAAGGUGCUGAUCGCGCAAGAGCGCAUGAGCAACAACCACGUCUACUGCUUCAAAAAGUCGUCGGUCUCCAAGUACUCGUGGGUGUGCGAGACGCGGUCGCACGUCGAGCAUGGCGUGCGCCCGACCUCGACCAUGUACGUGCAAAUGUACACGAAAUCUGGCGGCAAGUCGGCGGUCUCGGGCCAUCAGAUCCGCGCGGUCAUCCCGUACAUUCGCCAAGACAUCCCGGUCGUCAUCAUCUUUCGUGCGCUCGGGUUUGUCGCCGACCGCGAGAUCCUCGAGCACAUUUGCUACGACUUCUCGGACAUUGAGCUCAUGGAGCGCUUCAAGCCGUCGCUCGAAGAGGCGUUUGUGAUCCAGGAACAGGAAGUCGCGCUCGACUUUAUCGGGCGCCGCGGGUCGGCCAUCAACGUCUCCAAGGCCGACCGUCUCCGGUACGCCCAAGACAUUCUGCAAAAGGAAAUGCUGCCGCACGUCGGCGUCGAAGACCACAAUGAGACCAAGAAGGCGUACUUCCUCGGCUACGUUGUCCACAAGCUGCUCAUGUGUUCGCUGGGCCGCAUUGGCGAAGACGACCGCGAUCACUAUGGCAACAAGCGUCUCGAUCUCGCCGGGCCGCUCCUCGGCGGGCUCUUUCGCAUCCUCUUCAAGAAGCUCACAAAGGACGUCAAGGGCUACCUCCAAAAGUGCGUCGACGCCGGCCGCGACUUUCAGCUCUCGCUCGCGAUCAAGUCCAAGACCAUCUCGAACGGCCUCCGCUACUCGCUCGCGACGGGCAACUGGGGCAUGCAGAAGACAGCCUCCAAGGCCGGCGUGUCGCAGGUGCUCAACCGCCUCACGUAUGCGUCGUCGUUGAGUCACUUGCGCCGUCUCAACACGCCGCUCGGGCGCGAAGGCAAGCAGGCCAAGCCGCGCCAGCUCCACAACACACAUUGGGGCAUGAUUUGCCCGGCCGAGACGCCGGAAGGCCAAGCCGUCGGCCUCGUCAAGAACCUCGCGCUCAUGGCGUACAUCUCGGUCGGGUCGCCCCAAGCGCCGAUCCUCGAGUUUCUCGAAGAGUGGGCGACCGAGAACUUGGAGGAGAUCAAGCCGCAGAUCAUUCCGCAGGCGACCAAGAUCUUUGUCAACGGCAACUGGGUCGGCGUCCAUCGUGAGCCGAACGAGCUCGUCAAGACGCUGCGGUCGCUGCGCCGCUGCGUCGACAUUGAUGCUGAAGUGUCGGUGAUCCGCGACCUCAUGCAGAAGGAAUUGCGCAUCUACACGGACGCUGGGCGCGUGUGCCGACCGCUCUUUAUCGUCGAGCAAAACCAACUGCUGCUGCAAAAGAACCACGUGGUCAAGCUCCAGAACCACAAGCACACCAACUUUCGGUGGCACAACUUGCUCACGGAAGGCGUCGUGGAGCUCAUCGACACGGAAGAAGAAGAGGUGUGCAUGAUUGCGAUGGAGCCCAAGGACUUGCUGCAGCCGCGCCAACUCUACACGCACUGCGAGAUCCACCCGUCGAUGAUCCUCGGCAUUUGCGCCAGCAUCAUUCCGUUUCCAGAUCACAACCAGAGUCCGCGUAACACGUACCAGUCGGCCAUGGGCAAGCAGGCCAUGGGUAUCUACACGUCCAACUUUCGCGCGCGCAUGGACACGAUGGCCAACAUCCUCAACUACCCGCAAAAGCCGCUCGUGACGACUCGCGCGAUGGAAUACCUGCACUUUCGUGAGCUGCCCAGCGGCGUCAACGCGAUCGUGGCGAUUGCGACCUACACGGGCUACAACCAAGAAGACUCGCUCAUUAUGAACCAGAGCGCGAUCGACCGCGGGCUCUUCCGGUCGACGUUUUACCGCUGCUACGUCGACCAAGAGCGCAACAAGUCACCGCAUGGCAUGGGCGGCGGGGCCGGGUUUCUCAACUGCGAAGAGUUUGAAAAGCCGAGCCGCGCCACGUGCCUCCGCCUCAAGCACGGCAGCUACCACAAGCUCGACAAUGACGGUCUUGUCGCGCCGGGGACCCGCGUCUCGGGCAGCGACAUUAUCAUUGGCAAGACGUCGCCGCUGCCGGCCUCGGACGAGAAUGGCAUGGAGAUGCGCCACCAAAAGCGCGAUGCGUCGACGACGCUCCGGACGCAUGAGAACGGCAUCAUUGACUCGGUCAUGCUCACAACCAACGCCGAAGGCUUCAAGUUUACCAAAGUGCGCUUCCGCAACAUUCGCAUCCCGCAAAUCGGCGACAAGUUUGCGUCCCGCCACGGGCAGAAGGGCACGAUCGGGAUGACGUACCGCCAAGAAGACAUGCCGUUUACGAUCGAGGGCGUCAACCCCGACAUUAUCGUCAACCCGCAUGCGAUUCCGUCGCGGAUGACGAUUGGCCACUUGAUCGAGUGUCUUCUCGGCAAGGUAUCGUCGCAAACCGGUGACGAAGGCGACGCGACGCCGUUCACGGACGUGACGGUCCAAGCGAUCUCCGACACGCUCCAUAGCCUCGGGUACCAGCGCCACGGCAAUGAAGUGCUGUACAAUGGCCACACGGGGCGUCGGCUCCAAGCGCAGAUCUUCAUCGGGCCGACGUUCUACCAGCGUCUCAAGCACAUGGUCGACGACAAGAUCCAUUCGCGGUCGCGUGGGCCCGUGACGAUGCUGACGCGCCAGCCGCUCGAAGGUCGUGCGCGCGAAGGCGGUCUCCGCAUGGGCGAAAUGGAGCGCGACUGCCUCAUCUCGCACGGGUCGGCCAACUUUUUGAUGGACCGUCUCUUUGCCAACUCGGACGCGUACCGCGUGCACGUGUGCGACCUCUGCGGUAUCAUUGCGAUUGCCAAUCUGCGCAAGAUGACGUUCGAGUGCCGGACGUGUCGCAACAAGACGCAGAUCUCGCAGGUGCACAUCCCGUACUCGUGCAAGCUGCUCUUCCAAGAGCUCAUGGCCAUGAGCAUCGCGCCCCGUCUCUUUACGCUUGGGAACCCGAACGUGACGGCGACGACGCGCCAGCGCAACUGAUCGGUAAUCUAUACAAUUUAUAUCUUGCUUGUGCCA